AUGGUUUACCCUUCUCUGUCUCUUGCCACUCUUUCGCUGGCAGCCCUCACCGCCGCUAGUCCCAUCGUUACCCAGUCUCGGCAGCCCAGCCACAACAGCGCCCAGUCCGCUCUUCACAAGCUCCCGUACUCCAAGAUACGGAAGUACCUCGGGGCAACCGAUGGGGAACCCAUCGCCCCCAAGAUGAUCCCAGGCGUUGGCAACAAAUGGCAAUGCUUCGACCGCGAAUCCACUUGA